CAGGAAUAUGACGGGCACGCCUGGCGCCUCUGCCACCCGGGAUGGCGAGGCCCCCGAGCUCUCGCCGCCCUGCAGCCCGAGCUACGAUCUCGCGCGCAAGGUGAUGCUUCUGGGAGACUCGGGCGUCGGGAAAACCUGUUUCCUGAUCCAAUUCAAAGACGGGGCCUUCCUGUCCGGGACCUUCCUGGCCACCGUCGGCAUAGACUUCAGGAACAAGGUGGUGACCGUGGAUGGUGUGAGGGUGAAGCUGCAGAUCUGGGACACGGCCGGGCAGGAGCGGUUCCGCAGUGUCACCCACGCUUACUACCGAGAUGCCCAAGCCUUGCUCCUGCUGUAUGACAUCACCAACAAGUCCUCCUUCGAAAACAUCCGGGCCUGGCUCACUGAGAUUCAUGAGUACGCCCAGAGGGAUGUGGUGAUCAUGCUGCUAGGCAACAAGGCAGAUGUGAGCAGUGAGAGGGUGAUUCGCUCGGAAGAUGGAGAGACGCUAGCCAGGGUAAGUGGCUGCCUUGCGGGCAGGGUGACGGGUGGGGGCGACCAGAGGCUGGCCCUGAGGACACGCUCUCCCUGGCAGGAGUACGGAGUUCCCUUCAUGGAGACCAGCGCCAAGACGGGCAUGAAUGUGGAGUUGGCCUUUCUGGCCAUUGCCAAGGAGCUGAAAUACAGAGCCGGGCAGCAGGCUGGUGAGCCCAGCUUCCAGAUCCGAGAUUAUGUGGAGUCCCAGAAGAAGCGUCCCGGCUGUUGCUCCUUCCUGUGAGACCCAAGGGGCUGAGAGACGGCUCCCGGGGCCCACAAGGACGCAGCCUUCUCCCCAAGACCUGGUUGAUUCUGAGCAGCUAAGCCAAUGGGGGGAGAGAGUUGGGGGCCUUAGUGCACAGCCCCUUCCCAAUUGGGGGCUGUACCCCCACCCCUACCUUAGUUCCUGUAGCUUCCCUGCAUCGCCAGGGAGGGUAAAAUAUUUGUAUGUCA